CGUGCGCAGCGGCGAGGUUCUGCGCGGGCGCGGAAGACGGGUGGCGCGUGGCGGAAGGCGGGCCUGUUUCUCGGGGUGGGGGAAGUACAGUACGCAGCAGCCACCUUCGCGCCGAGCGCCCCGAGGAGGAACCGCUCUAGGCACGUACGGCUUCGUGAGUGAGGUUGCGUCGCGCGCGGAGCGCUCUGGGACUUGUAGUUCUGGAGAUGGAGCGAGCUCUGCCGCUCGUGGUGCCUCUGGGUCAGGCAGAGGUGUUCCAGGCCUUGCAGCGGCUCCAUAUGACCAUAUUCUCCCAAAGCGUCUCACCAUGUGGGAAGUUUCUGGCGGCUGGCAACAAUUAUGGGCAGAUCGCCAUCUUUAGCUUGUCUGCUGCUUUGAGCUCGGAAGCCAAAGAGGAAAGUAAGAAGCCAGUGGUGACUUUCCAAGCCCAUGAUGGGCCGGUCUACAGCAUGGUCUCCACCGAUCGACAUCUGCUCAGUGCUGGGGAUGGGGAGGUGAAGGCCUGGCUUUGGGCGGAGAUGCUCAAGAAGGGGUGUAAGGAGCUGUGGUGUCGUCAGCCUCCAUACAGGACCAGCCUGGAAGUGCCUGAGAUCAAUGCUUUGCUGCUGGUCCCCAAGGAGAAUUCCCUCAUCCUGGCUGGGGGAGACUGUCAGUUACACACUAUGGACCUUGAAACUGGGACCUUCACGCGGGUCCUCCGGGGCCACACAGACUACAUCCAUUGCCUGGCAUUGAGGGAAAGGAGCCCGGAGGUGCUGUCAGGUGGCGAGGAUGGAGCUGUUCGACUUUGGGACUUGCGCACAGCCAAGGAGGUCCAGACAAUCGAGGUCUAUAAGCACGAGGAGUGCUCCAGGCCCCACAAUGGGCGCUGGAUCGGAUGUUUGGCAACUGAUUCCGACUGGAUGGUCUGUGGAGGGGGCCCAGCCCUCACCCUCUGGCACCUCCGAUCCUCCACACCCACCACCGUCUUCCCCAUGCGCGCGCCACAGAAGCACGUCACCUUCUACCAGGACCUGAUUCUGUCUGCUGGCCAGGGCCACUGUGUCAACCAGUGGCAGCUGAGUGGGGAGCUGAAGGCCCAGGUGCCUGGCUCCUCCCCAGGGCUGCUCAGCCUCAGCCUCAACCAGCAGCCAACCGCGCCCGAGUGCAAGGUCCUGACAGCUGCAGGCAACAGCUGCCGGGUGGAUGUCUUCACCAACCUGGGCUACCGAGCCUUCUCCCUAUCCUUCUGACCUCUGACCACACCCCCAGCCAGCAAGAUUUUAGAGUGUUUUUCUUUUCUUUUUUUUUUUAACAAUAAAGUUUCAGGCUUUUUU